GGUCACUGUUAUUAUCAUCACAACAUUUGUUCUCUUCUCAAUUCUUGUAGAAGAAAGGAGAUAAUCUUUCACUUGGUAAAUUACACACACCAUUGACGUGUGUUCUUUAUUUUCUUUUUUCCCUUCUUGACCCCGUAACGAUAUCUUUUUAGCAACCGUCCUCAGCCUUUUCGGCGUUACCUACUUUCAGCCGCUUGUAAACAUUACAGCUGUCACCGAUUGGUGCUUGGUGCGUCAACCUAGCAACCCUAUAACUUGCCAAAACAACUCUUAAGCGCCAUUCUCGAAUUGUGCAUCUUUGUAGGCCGCAUAUUCUGCACCGCACCGCCACGAGACUUGAACAUACAUCUCACACAUCUUGUAACCCGUUUUUUUAUUUCUCCAUUGGGAGAUAUGAAUCACCAAUAAUCGCGAGAUAGUCUGCAAGUUUUCCUUUCAGUAUGGCCUCUGAUGGGCAACCUGUAACGCAGCCUUUGCGUAUUGCUAAGAACAACACUCCAGCUACAUCGCCAAUUAAGAGUAGCAUUCCACGUCCGUUGUCUGAGAUCUCAGCCACUGAGCAGCGACGAAACUCACCGAGCUGGAAUCCUUCACCAAAGAAGAUGGGUCUUAAUACCGAUUCAUCUCCAUUCCAGUCAUCUCCUCUGGACGGUACAACUUCACCGCGCCUGUUUUGGCAGAAUCGCAAUGUCAAUAAUCGCAUCGAAAACGACUUGUAUGGAGGUCGUGCUGGUUCCCCGUCGCCUACUAGGCGUUCCUCUAUUGAGCGACUGCAGAAGGCGUCCCGUGUAAAAAAUAGUACCAUGUUUGCCCGAGAACAAAAACAAGAAUACGACCCUAUGCGUAUACCAGCAAUCGAGCGUCCUCUUGCUAAGGUCCAAGGAAAUGCUUUCGCCAACAACUUUCGAUCAAGCCAUGGCCGCUCAGAUAGCCAGACCAGUAUCUCUCUAUACACUCCUACAAAGACUGGCUCUCAAUCGUCUCCCGCUCCUACUGGCUCUCAACCCCCCAGUCCAAGCAAAGACCAAGCAUCUCCGGCUAAGUCAUCACUUUCUUCAGCCCGCCUCAAGAGCAGCCAAGAUUUACAUAGUGACGUUUUCUCGGAUAUGUCAUUCGAAGACCACGAACUCCCAAGUGGUAGGUCACUCCACCGCCACGCCAAGUCUGUUACCUUCGAUGCUGCCCCACCUCAGAUUAAUGAGUACGAAAUGGCAACCCCUGAUAUGUCUUCUGUUGGCACAAACUCGCGAGAAGGCAGUUAUGAUGAUGACGACGACGACGAUGAUGACUAUAUCUAUGGACAUUAUCCUGGGGGUGAGAUGGACGGACAGGAUGACAGUUUUGAUGCGACACUAGAAGACACAGACAAGACUCCAGUUGUCGGGCCUGAUGAUUGGCGUCAAGAUCGGGACACGCGCUUUGAUAGCAGUCCAAUGCCUGAGGGUGCCUUGUCACAAGCCAUGUCUCCACAAUCACAGCAUUCUCGUACAGAUUCAUCAACAUCUAGUAGUGAACAUCGACCUCUACCCCCUCUUCCGGGGAUGGGCCAUGCCCGGUCCCAGUCUGCAUCUUCAAAUGGGCUGUCUGCUACUGCAGAACGUAUGUUAGGCUCUCCUCGAAGUCUCCCAUCGCCACCUCCUGCUUCAAUAAGCAAGUCUGAUAUCCACAAUAUUGGCAAUGGUAGCAUGUCUUUGGAAGAGCGACUUAAGCUCAUGAUGCUGGACGAGACAAGUCCCAAGUCUGACAGCUCUGCAAAGACUUUCGCUGAACAACAGCGGGAGCGUCGCAUGCGACGAGCUGGAGGCCGUGAUAGGGUUACAAGCCCCACUCCAGGCCAUGACGAUCAUGAUGACCAUGAAGAUCAUGAAGACCAUGAAGACCACGAGGGCCAUGAGGAUCACGAAGACCGAGAUGAUGAAGGUAAUGAGGAGGACGACACUGUUGGUGAUCUAUCCGGACUGGAUAUGGAUUACCAGCUUCCAAGUAUUUCCCGACAAUCCAUUCUGCGCCGUGUUAAUGGCAACAGGGCACUUGAGCAAGAAUCUGAAUUCACAUUCAUGUCGCCAGGUCCUGAACCGGGCCUCACUCGCGACGCUCCUUAUGAUCCUGAUGUUCCUAUCGCUAGUAUCGAAGACUCAAUUCUUGAUGAUGGUGAGGAGUCGAAUGAAGAUAGUGUGGUUCAUCACGAGAGCGAAGAUGAUAAAGGUGAUGUCUAUGACCUAUACCAACGGUCUGAAGAUGGAGAUGCUGCGUCGCAAAAAGAUGACCAUGAUGACCAGGACGACAGUGAUGAUCACGAUGAUCACAGUGAUCAUGAUGACCACGAUGAUGAUGAUACGGAGAGUCAAUACUCUGAUGAGGUUGAGAAGCCCCAGCCCGUGGACGCACAGCCUGAAGAAGAAUCAGUCACGACUCCUCGAGCUGCGAGCCCAGCCCUUGAAGGUGCUAUCACAAACUUCAGCGCUACCCUUCCCCAGAUAACAAGUUCGUCUAAGGACGUAGAAUUCACUCGUAGCCUACAAUCACAUAUGCUUCCAAAGCCUAAGGAAGCAGGUGCUCUCACGCACUCGGAAAGCCACAAAGUGUCGGAUGCAGACUCUUAUUUACAACGGUCAAAGACCCCAGAAAGACCUAUAUCGAAGCCGGUAUAUGAUGGUUCUGGAUGGGGAGAUCCCGAAGAGGAUGAAUAUGAAUCAGAGGAGCCAGGUACUCCUGAAUCUGUCAUCCACCAUCCUAUAUCUGAUGAUGAGGAAGAAGAGUACGAAGAUGAACUUGAGGAAGUUGAGGAGGUUGAAGAAAUUGAAGACGUUGAAGGAGUCAGAGAAGCCCAAGAAGUCGAAGAAGCUAAAGAGAUCGAGGAAUUUUUAAUCGAGUCGCCUGCCAUUCCUGAGCGGGAAGCUACCAUUAAAUCUUCUUCAGGAUCCAAGCUGAAGACUCGCGCUUCUGCCACCCCGUCCGACAUUGUGUCCAUGCGUGAGGCUCGCCGACAAGUAAGCCGAGAAGUAGCACCCGUGGUCCCACCAAUUCCUGACCGGCAUCGUAACCGUCUUUCUCGGGAUUUAGCACCUGAUACUCUCGAGGUCCCCACUGGUGACGACUAUAUUGAGCGACACCCAAGCUUUAAACAGCGUAGUUUAACUUUGGAUCUUGACUUGGGUCUCAGUCUUGAUCAGGACUUUGAGCGGGUCAUUGAGGCACAAAAGCGAGGUUACCUUAUGCGCCAGAACACCAAACUCGUUACUGCAAGCGACAAAGAGACCGAAGAAGCUCGAGCUGGUACCCGUUCUGCUGGCAAUUCUCCAAUUAAGCAGCAACGACCUCAAUCGUGGACUGUUGAACCUUGGAAUGGUAAGCACAGGAAAAGCAUCAAGAAGAGACACGCACCAAGUAUCAACGGUCAAGUACCACCUCUACCAGGUCAUGAAAGCAACUCGACAACGAUGAAUUCAUUACCCGAAGAAGAUAGCCACGAGCUGGCGACAGAAGAAUGUGGCGAGCGAGGCAGAUUGUUUGUCAAGGUAAUGGGCGUGAAAGAUCUUGAUCUUCCCUUGCCUAAGAAUGAACGAACAUGGUUUAGCCUCACUCUCGACAACGGAGUACACUGUGUGACCACAUCCUGGCUGGAGCUGGCACGUAACGCUCCGAUCGGCCAGGAGUUUGAGCUUGUUGUCCCUAACGAAUUGGAAUUCCAACUUACCCUCAACGUGAAGUUGGAGAAGCCGCCGCCUGAGCGCGUAACAGUCGCGCCAACUAAGGCGGUAAAACCCAAGCCAUCUACCUUUUCUCGUGUCUUCGCUAGCCCCAAGAAGCGAAAGGAGAUGGAAGCUCGUCUACGUGCCGAAGAGGAAGCCUACGCUCAGGCCCAGCGCGACGCCGCUACGAAGCAGAGGAAUGUUGUACCCACGGCGUGGGACCUACUAUCUCCUCUUGCGGCAGAGGACGGAACCUUCGCGCGCGCAUACGUCUGCCUUAAGGAGCACGAAUCCCGCUGCUAUGGACGACCUUAUAUGGCAGAGAUUGCGACUUUUAACGAAUGGGCUACCGAGGAGCCUAACUUCGCCAACAGCGUCAAGAGCAAGCGCUCUGGAGUUCCUAGCAACUCGGUUGUGCGUCGCGCACCUUACAAGAUCGGCAAACUAGAAGUGCAACUUCUCUUCGUGCCGCGACCUAAAGGAUCAACGAAUGAUGACAUGCCAAAGAGCAUGAAUAUGUGCAUCCGCGAGUUGAAGGCAGCCGAGGAGAGACUAUCCAGGAACUGGGAGGGUCACCUAAGCCAGCAAGGAGGAGAUUGCCCCUACUGGCGCCGCCGCUACUUCAAGCUUGUCGGUACUAAGCUUACCGCUUAUCACGAAACAACCCGUCAACCUCGUGCCACAAUCAACCUCUCCAAUGCCAAGCGACUCAUUGACGACCGACGGCAGCUGACUGACCCCGAGACCACGGGUCGCGGCGGAAAGAGACGUCGCUCUGCCUUCGCGGAAGAGGAAGAAGGCUACAUGUUUGUUGAGGAGGGUUUCCGUAUCCGCUUCAAUAACGGCGAGAUUAUCGAUUUCUACGCCGACACCCGCGAAGACAAGCAAGGCUGGAUGAAGGUCCUCGGCGACGUCAUCGGUCGAACCGGGGAAGAGGAAGACAGCACCGGCGCUCCCAGUUCCCGCAGGAAGUGGUGUGAACUCGUCCUUAAGCGGGAAGAGAUGCUUCGAAAGCGCGCCGAGACCAGACGAGUUCAUUCGAGGACUAAGAGCAUGAUCGUCUAAGUCUCAGAUGGCUCUGCCAAGCUCUCAUGAUUAAUAUCUCGCGACAGAAAAACGAAGAAACGACAAUUAUGCCCGAUAUGAUCUGUUGACCUGCAUACGAAUGAAUUCAUGAUCAUCAAUACGCUACUUGAGUUCGCCCUUCUAUCUUGCGAUUUUGCCAUAACUCCGGUUUUGUUCUAUCGUCCACUUGGUUCUUUUGACAGACAACACCGCGACCAGUUUGGCUUACUAUUACACACCCACGCAACUUUCUCGUUCUGGCUCCGGAAGUACAGGAUUCUUUUGUUUCAUAAUUCUGGUUCCUUGUACAGGUCCAAUUAAUCACGACGACCGAUUGUUACUUGUUACUUUGUUUGUUUGUUUUUGUUUUUAGCACGCCUGGAUGCUCACGCAACAAAAAGAUUCUUUUUUUUUUUUUUUCGCAGAAGUUGGAGACGGAGAUAGUGUGAGACAAGAUAAUUUGGAAGGUUGUCCCCUCCCAAGACAUCAACCAAGUAAGCCUGGAGCUAUGAAGGCUGGUCAACUCCGCCCCCUUCAAGGAAGUGAUGGCAUGCAUGGCGCCCGGGCGAGAGGGGAGUUUUUACUUAGGGACGUUAGGUUGUGAGGAUUUUGUAGUUAAGGGAUUGCUCGUUGCUAGCUCUGCUUAUUUGUAUUUUGACAGUAAUAAAAUCAUUACUUGCAA